GACUGGCCUUGGUCAUCGCCACCAUUAUGAGCGACACCGUGUGUAUGUUUAUGUUCUCUGUGUGCAAUGUUGACUCCCAUAUAGGGCAUGGGGGUGUGAACCAGCUAGGCGGGGUGUUUGUGAACGGCAGACCCCUACCCGACGUGGUGAGGCAGAGGAUCGUGGAGUUGGCGCAUCAAGGUGUACGACCCUGUGACAUCUCACGACAGCUACGGGUCAGUCACGGCUGUGUCAGCAAAAUCCUAGGCAGAUACUAUGAGACGGGCAGCAUCAAACCUGGAGUUAUUGGCGGCUCGAAGCCAAAAGUUGCUACUCCAAAGGUUGUGGAUAAAAUCGCCGACUACAAGAGACAAAACCCCACCAUGUUCGCCUGGGAGAUCAGGGAUAGACUGUUAGCUGAGGGCGUCUGCGACAACGACACUGUCCCCAGUGUUUCAUCAAUAAACAGGAUCAUUCGGACUAAAGUCCAGCAGCCGUUUCACCCCUCCCCAGAUGGGACGUCUCUCACCAGUCCCGUAGGACACACCAUAGUUCCAAGCACAGCCUCACCGCCCGUAUCUAGUGCUUCCAAUGACCCAGUGGGGUCCUACUCUAUCAACGGAAUUCUGGGUAUCCCCCGCUCAAAUGGAGAAAAGAGGAAACGAGACGAGGACGGCUCAGACGGCUCUGGCCCAGGCAGUGACUCUCAGGGUAGUGUGGAGAGCUUGCGGAAGCACCUGCGAGCCGACGCCUUCACGCAGCAGCAGCUGGAGGCCCUGGACCGGGUCUUCGAGAGGCCCGCCUAUCCCGACGUCUUCCAGAGCUCCGAGCACAUCAAACCUGAACAGGAGUACGCCCUCCCAUCGCUGCAAGCGGGAAUAGACGACGUGAAGCCGAGCUUGUCGUCUAACGCCAGCGCAGAGCUCGGGCCCGGCGUGACACAAAGCUACCCUGUAGGUCGAGAUAUGGCCAACACAACCCUACCUGGGUACCCCCCACACGUACCCCCAACCGGACAAGGCAGCUACCCAACAUCAACGCUUGCUGGAAUGGUUCCUGGGAGCGAGUUUUCGGGGAACCCCUACAGCCAUCCACAGUACACAACAUACAAUGAAGCCUGGCGGUUCAGUAACCCAGCAUUACUAAGUUCCCCUUAUUAUUAUAGUGCCGCAUCAAGAGGCUCCGCCCCUCCCACUGCUGCCACUGCCUAUGACCGUCACUAGUUACCAUGGAAACCCAAUCAAGCAAACGGAUCGCGGCUACGGCGGCCUCCAUAUUGUGCCAGUGUGAGUGGGCGUGGUUUUCUCUGGAACAAGCAGGCAGCUCCAAGAUUUCCUCAACACUCAACACAGAAAGAAAAAAAGAAGAAAAUGAAUGAUGAGAUAAAGAAAGAGGAGUGGACAUGUUGGAAUUUUAAAAAAAGAACAAACAAACAAGAAAACACAAAGAAACAAACAAACACAAAAUGAUUUGGCCACUGCACACUUCACAGUCCCAUCUCUUGCUUAAAAACCUGCAAGACUGUAAAGAGACUCUAUGAAUAUAUAUUAUGAAAAUGAGAAUAAUAAUAAUAAUGCAAAGAAAGUUUUGUUGUUGAAAGUUAAACAAACUACAAAAAGCUACAUUUUUUCCUGAUGCCUCUGGUUCAUUGUAUUUUCUUUCCUUACUGUUCUUUUCCAAUUAUUUUGGUUGUUUUUUUAUGAACGAAUACAUUCCUUUACCUGACUGAAUUCAUUUCCUGGAA